AUGAGAGGCAGGGGACUUUCGCCGAGGGGUGGCAGGGAUUCGAGUCAGCAACAGCAGCAGCUGCAAAUGGCGUCUCCCCAAGACACGUAUCUGGACUCGAGAGCUUCGGCACUGCACACUGCAGAAGCAACGAUAGUGGAGCUUGGAGGCAUUUUCCAACAGCUGGCUCACAUGGUGGCAGACCAUGGGGAGAUGGCCAGGCGGAUCGAGGACGACGUGGCUGACACCGACACCAACGUCACAAUGGCCCAGGCGCAGCUCCUCAAGUACCUGCACGGCAUAUCCUCCAACAGAUGGUUAAUAAUGAAAAUAUUCCUUGUGCUGAUGGUGUUCAUCGUAAUUUUUGUGUUCAUUUUGUAG